AUGUUUGAUGAACAUGCUUCCUGUACAGAGAAAGUUAACCAUAGAUUAUAUCAAAGUGUAAACAGGGAUAAGGAGAGUGUAAAUUCAUGUCAACCAGGCGUGAAACAGAAUGGAUCUUAUUUCUGUUUUAAAACUGAAGAGCGGGCCAGGAAAAGGAAAGAGAUUGAGGAGAAAGUGCAUGACAAAGAGGAAGAAACACGUCAGGUCCAAGCAAGAACCCAGGAAAAGAAAGAAGAAGAGAUCAAACAGCUAUGGAGAAAUCUUAAUUUCAAAGCAACUUCUAUGCCUGCGUUCUACCGUGAACCUGACCACCGCUCAGAAAAAACCAAGAUAUAUAACAG